AUGGGAGUGACUUGUGUGUCCCAGAUGUCUGUGGCUGAGGGCAAGAGUGUCCAGCAGACUGUGGAGCUUCUCACCCAGAAACUAGAGAUGCUUGGGGCCGAGAAGCAAGGAACAUUUUGUGUGGACUGUGAGACUUACCACACAGCUGCCUCCACCCUUGGCAGCCAAGGUCAGGCUGGGAAGCUGAUGUAUGUGAUGCACAACUCUGAGUAUCCUUUGAGCUGCUUUGCCCUCUUUGAGAAUGGGCCUUGCCUUAUUGCCGACACCAACUUUGAUGUGCUCAUGGUGAAGCUGAAGGGUUUUUUCCAGAGUGCUAAAGCCAGCAAGAUUGAAACCCGGGGCACCCGUUACCAGUACUGUGACUUCCUAGUGAAGGUGGGCACAGUCACAAUGGGACCCAGCGCUCGGGGCAUCUCUGUGGAGGUGGAGUAUGGCCCCUGUGUGGUAGCCAGUGACUGCUGGAGCCUGCUGCUCGAGUUUCUACAGAAUUUUCUAGGCAGCCACACGCCUGGAGCUCCCACAGUGUUUGCGAAUAGACAUGACGCUGUGUAUAGUCCAGCAGAUACCAUGGUCCAGUACAUGGAACUCUUCAACAAGAUCCGCAAGCAACAGCAGGUGCCGGUGGCUGGGAUUCGUUAG